AUGACUAUUGGCAAGCGCUCUGACGACGCACCAUUCCCCUCGUCGUCACCCCAAUCAAUUACAGCAGACAUGUCUGGCUCCAACACUUGGACCUUCGACGUGUCCACGCGCAACAGGCUCUUGAAGAAAUACAAGACUCAAGUGUCCUCGGCGGCCUCGACCAUCUGCGCUACCAUCUCACUGAUUCCUCUUGAGAAUAUCAAGACCCGAAUGCAAACCCAUGACUUUAAGAACGUUUGGCAAUGUGCUCGCUACCUUUGGCGUAAUGAGGGAUAUCGUGGCUAUGUCGCUGGCGCCCUUCCUCCGCUGGCAAGUGUCACAGCAGUGCGCGUCGUCAAUUUCACCGUGUACCAUUCAUUCACGGGCAUCAUAUCUGAUGCCGUUGAGAGCAUGACUGGCUUCAACCCUGUGGCUGACUAUAAGCGACCUGGAAGCACCCCGACCAUGCUUGGAGUGAUGACUUUUACAACUGCGGGCAUGAUCUCGGGUUUGUUUGCGUCUCCUCUUGCUUGCCCCUUUGAACUGGCGAAGAAUGUCGUUCAGACCUCCGUUUUGGUCUCCAACCGCGCAAUGGCAGCUCCGGAUGCCGCUCGGGACCAUACGCUGCGUCACAAGCCUCGCCUUGGUACCAUCGCGGCAAUCCAACAGAUCGUCAAGCGCCAUGGGGUCCGAGGGCUGUACACCGGCUUCCGCCUGCAUGCGAUGCGUGACACCAUUGGCACCGGCAUGUACUUCGCCAUCUAUGACACCGUGAAGCAAACCGCAGAAAGACAACUGGGUUGGCACAAGAAUGAUCUCGGGUCAACCAUGCUCGCCGGCGUGAUUUGCAGCACUGUCCCCUGGUUCUGUACAUAUCCUUUCGACACGCGCAAGACCCGCGCUCAGAGUGUCCUCCUCGGCAAGAGCCAGGAGAUCGGCGAGGCCUCAAAGGCCAUUGCCAGAUCGAGUACUUACAAGGGCAUCUCGAUCAUCAUGCUCCGGACGGGGCUAAACAACAUGAUACUGCUCAGUCUCAUGGAGUACUUUAAACGGCUCAUCAACGAGCUGCCAGACUGA